AUGACCACGGAAAGUUCCUCUAAUCUUCUCUCUUCUUCUUCUUCAACCUCUGGAUGGAAGUACGAUGUCUUCCUCAGUUUCUUCCUCGGUUGGAGCCGCAGUGACAGCUGCAGAAAAUUUAAAGACCAUCUGUAUGCUGCUUUGAAUCAGAAGGGAAUAUUCACAAUUGGAGAUGAUGAAUUGGAAAGGGGGAGGGAAGAAGCCAUGCCGCCAGAGCUCUUUAAAGCAAUUGAAGAAUCAAGAUAUGUAAUUCUUGUUCUUUCACAAAAUUACGCCAGUUCAACUAGGUGCUUGGAUGAACUUGUAAAGGCUCUUGAAUGCACAGAAUCGAUGGGGCAGACAAUACUCCCAAUCUUCUAUGACGUGGACCAAUCUGAGGUACGAAGACAAACGGGGAGCUUUGAGGAAGCCUUCUCGGAGCAUGAACGAGUCUUCAGGGACAAUAUGGAGAAGGUGUACAGGUGGAGAGCGGCACUUAAUAGAGUAGGUAAUCUCAACGGAUGGAAUUUGCAAGGCGGAUUUGAAUCCAGAGUUAUUCAAACUAUUGUCGAAUGGAUUUUCAAUGAACUAAAUGAAUCGAUCUCAAGUGUAUCCAAGGAUUUAGUUGGGGUCGAUUCUCGCGUGAAAGAGGUUCUCUCAUUCUUGGAGUUAGAGAAAUGGCCGGGUGAUGCUCAGAUAAUAGGGAUUUCAGGGAUGAAGGGUAUAGGUAAAACAACUAUUGCACGAGUUGUUUUUGACAGCAUCCGUGCUAGGUUUGAAGCUUGCAACUUUCUUGCCGAUAUUAGAGAGGUAACUGAUAAACAAGGUCCAACUCAUUUACAAAAGCAACUUCUUUCAGACUUGCUGAAACGAAAUGUAAAUAUAUGGAAUGUUGAAAUGGGAAUAAAUGUACUAAGGGAGAGACUACACACUAAAAAGGUUCUGAUCGUUCUUGAUGAUGUGGAUCAGUAUGAACAAUUGGCAGCAUUGUGUGAUCGUAGUUGUUUUGGUUUAGGUAGUAGGAUCAUCAUAACAUCAAGAGAUGAACGUCUGCUGAGCACAUUUGGAGUGGAUAAAGUAUACGAGGUUGAGCCGUUAACGGACGAGGAAGCUUUUAAGCUUUUUAGUUCGAAAGCCUUCAAGAAGGAUGUGGUUGGAGAAGAGUUUCUUGAGCUAUCAAAGAAUGUUGUAGAAUUUGCUAACGGUCUUCCAUUAGCUCUUAAAGGUUUGGGUUCGUUCCUUUUUGGUCGAAGCAUAAAAGAAUGGUCAAGUGCGUUGGAUAGACUGAAGGAAAAUCCAGCAGAAAACUUAUUGAUGUACAUGAAGUAA